GUGAGCAUAGACGCGUAUUUAUGAAGCAUCCGUCUAUUGAUUUCACUUGAUAAUCCAGCGAAUAUUUAAAACAGUGACAUAAUUAUUUAUUUAAAAAUUUGAAGACCGUGAUAAUUACAAUGAAGAGAAUCAAAGAAUUAAUUUGGUAUUUUUUACUUGUGAGUGCCAUUGAAUGCUACGAGAUCAAGAUUCCGGUUCUUCCAGCACCGGAAAGUUCUCCCGUCACACACAACCACACGCGGCAAUUGCUGGAAUUGUGUUUUUCUGAUCAACUCAAUCCUCUGGUGAUCGAUUUAAAUUUGAUUAAUAUCGUGCAUGGAAUUAGAAGCAAUGACGAUAGAAUCAUCUCUGUGAUCCCAAUAGAUAAAAAUUACCAUGGUCCCGGAGAUGGUGAUGAAAAAUCCGAUUUCAUAGUAUAUCCUUCUUAUCCGACGUUUGUUUUCUCAGCUGAAACGGUCAAUAGACGGUCAACAUUCUUAUUGAAUUUACAAAGCAAUUUAGUCAAGAUAAAUUAUUGGAAUCCCGAGUUGUCAUUUUUCCUUGUGAUCGGAAACAAAUGCAGCGAUGCACUACAAAAAUUAACAGCUUUAAUGGAUUCCGACGCGUUAAAAUCAUACUACAUAUGUCCCAACGACUUUGACAACAGUACGAGUAUCUACACUCUGAAUCCUUACGCUGACAGGGCACCGAAACCAUGGCAGAAAGUUGAAGGACCAAAAGAACCGUAUUCUGGAUCAACGCUUUUUAAGAUGUCGAUCAUUAACGACACAAACAGCUGUUCAAGUAUAAUGUUUGACAAAACAAAAUUUCUUGGUGGGCACAAACUUUGGGUACGCAACCUUUUAAACAAGCGAGAAGGUAAUUUACGUCAAAAAAUAUUAACUUUCUACGAGAAUUUAUUCUCGGAGAUGAACGUCACACUAGUUAAUUCUAGACUUCACAGAAAGGUUGACUAUCUGGCUAUUGUGGACACUGUUGAACUUUUCUCAGACAUGAUGGAAGUUCAUAACAUUAUUCCAUAUUUUACUCAAGAAGGCUUCAUUAUAGUAACACAAAAACAAAGUUACAUACCCACCUUCGAACAACUUAUUGACAGUUUCUUUACUCGGGAAAGAAUAGCUAUGUCGUCUGUUAUUUUGACAUUUUUUUUUCUAAUGAUGCUUCUUAACCACAAAUACGAUUUUAAUGCGGCAGUGUUAGAUCUUUUGUCAUUUCUUCUCGACAUGGGAAUAUCGACUCCAAUGCUCAGGGUAUCGAUGCGCAUAACGUUCAUGACCGCAUCUUUAUUUGCAUUGAUGUUCAAUCCGGUGUUCCAGGGACAACUCACUUCUUUCUUGUCUAGACCAGGACAUGGAAAUGUCGAGACGCUUCAAGACUUACGUGAUAACAAUUAUCACGUUUAUUACACAACUAAAGCAGUCGCCAACGAAUUGUAUGAUAGUAACAUAUGGGAUAAAAAUUCUUCUGAAAAGUAUUUGCAUUAUUCGAGGUUUUUAGACCGGAAUAUCUGCGCUGACAACGUGAAUAGAAACUCUUCCAUAGCAUGUGUAUUCGAUGCUACGGACUUUGAACACAUUGAUCCAAAUACACACAUUUCUAAACCUUUUUCUUAUCAAUACCGUGUGAUUGUGACUGAUAAAGGUCAUCCACUAAAUAGAAAAAUAAAUAAGAUAGCGUUGAAGUUGUUUGAAACCGGUCAUUUAAGUCAUGCUGAGAGACGCGAUCUUCAUAGGAUUUUGUUGGCACGUAAAAGAAAACUAGAUAAAAUCAAGGCAUUACGAAAGUAUAAUCAAUUGGAACUGGAAGACUUCAAAUUAGCUUACAUUGCGGUAGCACUUGCUUUCUCAUGGGCAAUCCUCGUUUUUGGUAUUGAAGUAACCUUCAGAAAAUUAGAAGCGCGUUUAGAUAAACGGUCGAAAGAACGGGAGUUAAGGAAAUUAAUAAUUAGACGGCGAAUCGUGUCUACUGCUCAUAGAAUUAACAAUCUCACUCAAGAAUAGUAAUCCUCGAUAAAAUGCCACGUGACUCGUUUUCCCACCACUUAUUCGUUCAUCGAUUGACGUGCCGUGUUUCGAAAGUGAAGAGUGAAUACACUUAGUUAGUAAAAUAACUAAUUUUUUUUUUUUAAGUCAGAAUUCCGAAACUCUGUAAAUAUUGUAAUCUUUUAAGUGGUAGCUAAUGAAAUUUCAUAUUAUUAUUAAUUUUUGACAAUAAAAGUGAUCAAAUAUCGUGAGGUUGUGAUCUGAUCAUAAAAUAUUUGUUUUGAAUAUUUCAUUAAGGAGAUUUUCACGUUCAUGAGAAAAAUCCAAAAGUUGUGAACAAAAACACUUGUAUUAUUGAAUGCUCAUUCUGGCAUUAAUUUCUAAAUCCGAAUUUCAUAAUCAUUACUUGAGCGUAAUAAUCAAUGUGAUUGUCUACACUUCUUAAAUAGAUUUGAAACUAUCUUAUAAUUAUAUGUGUGACAUUAAUUAAUAACAAUCACAAAAUCGUAACU